CGCCAUCGCCCCUCCAUAGCUGAAGGCGCGAUAUCCCUAGAUGUGGGGACACCUGGGUAGGUAGGCACCUAUUUAGGUAGAGCGUAAACCUUUUUAAGUGAUCGAAACCUUCACGGAUAAGCUUCGAUAGCUGUUUAAAGCUCUAGAUUUUAUGAUCGCUAGCAUCUCCAACCCGACAGCAAAAGAGGACGUAUACUGGGAGAUAACCCACCAAUUACAUUCCCCUGGGACCCACCCAAAUAAAUCCUUUAGCUCGUUGAAGCAUGUCAACCUGGACUUCGCCGCUCGACUCUGUGCCUCUGGCAGGGACAGCAAUUCUCGCCUUAGCCACUACUCUCUAUUUCGUGUCGCGCGUCCCCCGAACCCCAAGGAGACGGAAAAACAUCCGUCCUACUGAAGAGCGUGUUCUAGUUAUAGGAGCUUCUAGCGGACUUGGGCGGAGCGUAGCAAAGCAUUAUGCAGCCCGUGGCGCCAAGGUGUGCAUUGUUGCUCGUCGCAAGGAACAGCUAUCCGAAUUAGCUACGGAGUGCGGGAAGAACUGUUUUUGGGUAGCGGCUGAUUUCAGCAAUGCUCGAGAUAUGUGCAGUGUGAGAGAGGAGAUAGAAAUGAAGUGGGGUGGUUUGGAUUCGCUCUAUGUUUGUGCUGGUGUCUCUGCCGUGCAGCCUGUGAUGAGUCUCGCUGGUGUCGAGCCCGGAAAGGAUGGUGACGCAAGCGAAACUGGUAUACAAAACGCCUUGGAUAUUGCCACACGCGCAACACAAGGAAAUGUCUACGGACCUCUGGUCGCGGCGUUGACUUUCGUCCCCAUGCUCACACGCAGUUCAAUUUCACCGUCUAUCUUAUUAAUAUCAUCUGUCGCUGCUGUGGUUCCGGCACCAACCCGUGCGCUUUACGGAGCUACGAAGGCUUCGUCAUUACUCUUGUUCCAAUCCUUGGCGAUUGAACAUCCGAAGAUUGCUUUUACGUUUGUACUACCAGCGACUAUCGAGGGAAACUUCCGUGCCUCGGCUGUUGAUGCAGAUCCGUCGACCCGUGAAGCAGGCCCAAACAAACGAGGACUUGGACUAGAUUAUGUCGCGAAAAGAUGUAUGGACUCGGUGGAUCGACGAGUGAGAGGGAACGUUGUAGUACCAUGGUUUCCUUAUGGUAUCGCACAUCACCUAUAUUAUGUAUGGCCGUCAUUUAUCGAAGAGCAGGCGAGGAAAAAGUAUAAUUUUAGAUGAGUUACGUAAAUCAAUUCGCUGCUGAGAAAGUGCUUGCCCAUCAAAUCCCUUGCUAUGAUUUCUUUCUGGUAAAACAUUGCUGUUGGUACCCUAAUUAGUCCAAUGAAAUAUCAUGUACACCUUUCUCAAGAAAUAUGAAUAAG